UGAGCGGCAGCAGAGGGUUAAUGUAAGCUACUGCAAUACAAGUGAAGAAGAAGACGGAACUGGAAGUGACGUAACGAGGGAUUGUUGACAACAGAGGGUAGCAUGUGCUAGUUAGCAUGAUAAUUUAUUGACUUUAUACUAAAGCGUUCGUUAGUGAUGAGUUCUCCAGAGGACAGACACGGGAUAAAACGACCCGCAUCUCCAGAUCAAAAUGAAUGAUCCACUGAUCCUAGAUUGUCAUCAGAGUCAAAAGGGACAUCUAGCCCUGUUGGAUGGGUCUACUCAGUGGGCAUCAGCUGACCUGGGAAGUGAUGAGAGGAAACAAAAGUUUUUACGAUUGAUGGGUGCUGGCAAGAAAGAACACACUGGACGUCUUGUCAUUGGAGACCACAAGUCGACAUCCCACUUCCGCAGUGGGCAGGAAGAUGAGAAGAUCAAUGAGCAGCUGGAGAUACAGUACCACCAGAGCAUGGACGGGAAGCUGUCAGGCCGGAACCGGAGACACUGUGGCCUGGGCUUCAAUGAGCCUGAGCCACAGCCAGAGUUUCCCUCCCUAGCAGUGGACAGUCAAACCAAAGCAACUGAGCCAGAGAAGUCCACCAGUGAAAAAGAGCCCACAGAAGACCAGGACAAAGGCUGCGAUCCCAGCCCAAAGCAACAGACCUCAGACCAGGCCAAGCCCAGCUCAGUCAGUGGGAAUGAAGAAGGGAAACACGGCUACAAAAUGGCCUUUGUGAAGUCAGCGUAGGCCCGGGGGGUGUUUAGUUAUUUUAUCUCUGAUUUGUACAUUUUAACAUUUACUGCAGGUGAUCAGCUAUUAGUUUUGCCCUUUUUACAGUGUAGAGAUUGAUUCUCUACACAAGCGUUAACUAAUGGGCAGAAAGGAGGAUCACACUCCAUGACAAGAAAUCGCGUUUACAAAGCUCUGACUGACACUGAUGAAGUCUGGAUGGAUAUAGACAUUGUCAAUUGUAAAUAAAGUGAGCUCUUGUCACUCAGUAUGAUUCUUUGUGAUCAUAAGGAUAAUACAAUACUCCUUUAUAGCGGAGGAAAGCUCCACGUGCACAUCUCUGUACACAAGCACUCAUCUUUAGGUGUGCAUGUUAAUGAAUUAAGCCUGCGAGUUAAAAUGUCAGCGUUUUGAUUUGAGCGGUGUCGCAUCAUGUUACAGUAGCAAAUGUUUUUAUUUUGAAUUUUUUAACAGUCGCUGCAUUUGACACAGAUUGUGUUGGAUAAAGCCAUUCAGCAUGAUUGGUAUACAUGUUGUGAAAUGUACAAUUUUUUGUUUGAAAACCAAUAAAAGGAGGUCUUAUUUGUCA